CUUGGCGGUUCCUGACAAGGUCUUUGUACUACAUUUAUCCUUGUCGAAAGCUGCGUGCCUAGUUUCCGGAUUGGGACCCUUGAGGAUAGAAAGUGGUCGUGGGGCCAAUUUUUAAAGAUGGAAAUAUACGAGGGUUGGCGUUCGCAGGCAGCCGUGAUGGGUGGGGGCUAUAUAUUUUGCUGGCAACCUCACCGAGUAUGAGUACUCAGCCCUUCACUCAACAGAACUUGCCUGAGUGAAUAAUCCCAAAAUGAAGCUCCUCCCUGUUGUCACGGCGAGCCAGAUCGUGAACGGAUGCGUCGCAGCUACGCUUCCUUUGACGCGACGUUGUGCGUCUGAUGUCUCUAGUCCUGGCGCCCCACUCGCUGCUCAGUACAGCAGCACUUUCGAUGUCGACGUCAUUUUUGCCAACCAGACCUUUAAGCUCCUCGUUGACACUGGCAGCAGUGACACAUAUGUCGUGAGAACUGGCUUCCAAUGCAUCAACGCGACGACCAAUCUUGAAAUUCCCGAAGCCGACUGUCUAUACAGUCCGCAGACAUACAACCAAUCCAGCACCUAUCGUCCGAUCCCCAACGAGACAUUCGGCGUCCAGUACGGCAAUGGCAUCGCCAGUGGUGUCAUGGCAUACGAGGACAUCACCUUGGCCGGAAUCACCGUCAAGGGGCAAGCCGUGGGGAUCGCUGAUCACAGCAACCCGAUGGGCGACGGGGCGAACAGCGGGGUGCUGGGUCUUGCCUACCCAUCCCUCACCUCUGCUCACCCAGGGAAUGACACCGACAAUACGACCUUCUUCUACAACCGGGCAGUCUACAGCCCCGUGUUCAACACCCUGUACGGGCGUGGUCUCGUCGAUUCUUACUUCAGUAUCGCGCUAGCCCACACUCCAUUGGAACCAAACAUCUCGACCCCGACCUUCGGAGGCUACCUUACUCUCGGCGACUUACCCCCAGUGGCUCACAGCCCGAAUUUCUCCAUCGUGCCCGUGGAGAUACUGGCCGAAAUUCCGACCGAAUUCACAUCCGGCCACCGCACCCGAUCGUACUGGGCUUUCACUGUCUCGGCCGUCACCUACGGCGAACCCAAUGCGCAGGAUCUCACCACGAACGCGACGGCGUUCCAGGCGUUCACGGAUACUGGAAACGAACUCAGCUUCCUGCCCGCGGCGGUGGUGGAGCCAAUCAAUGCUCGGUUUGCGCCGCCGGCAGUGUAUGAUGAUGCCUCGGGGGUGUAUGUGGUGGACUGUGAUGCGGAAGCGCCUACCUUCGGGGUCACAAUCGGGGAUCAGACGUUCUAUCAUGAGGGACGAGAUCUUAUCUAUCAAACGGGGGAUGGGACCUGUGUGUCGGCGCUGGCGGCGUCGGAGAGUGUGGCGUAUGAGGGCAUUGUGUUGAAUAUUCUGGGGGCGUCGUUUCUGAAGAAUGUGGUGUCGGUGUAUGAUUUUGGGAGAAAUGAGCUGCGAUUUGCGCAGAGGUUGGGAUUGUGAGACUUGCUUUGCUGGGAGGGUAGCUAACAAGUCAAGAUUUAUGAGGUGCGAUGUGGGUU